ACAUAAAUUUUCAUUUCGUUUUCAACAAGGAAGCUGUCUUGUGUCUCGUUUUAUUUUUACUUUCUUUUUUUUUACGUCGUAUAAUUCGAAAAAUAAAUGAUUUCCCGCUUUUGAAAACUACCUUUAAACUAAAAGCCACGUGACCUUGCAAACGACCUCUAAUUUGGUAUUCGUAUCGUCCGUUCCUAGUCGUGCUUCACGAUAACCCCUACAUCAUUGACACGCUCGGAACACGUUCACCAUCCGAGUGUUGAAGUAAAAACUUAGAAUAACGUUGAAUUUCUUACGAUUUGCUACAAGAAGCUGUAGUAAAAGAUCCACGAAUCAUUCAAGAUAUGAUACGAACGACAACAGGUCUACGUAAUGAAUUGGCACGCGCAAUACUACGAAGUUCCGUGCGGACGAAUACCGUAAGAUCUGUGGUCAUACGAUGUCUUCACAGAAAAUAUCUGCAAAGGAUUCAAGUUCACAGCACAUUACGUUUUACUGUAACUCCAUGGAAGCAACAAUUAAGAUUUUAUGCAGAUUAUCCAGACCAUGUCAAAGUACAACUUCCUGCAUUAUCACCUACCAUGGAAACGGGUACUAUUGUCAGUUGGCACAAAAAAGAAGGUGACAAGUUGAAUGAAGGGGACUUACUUGCUGAGAUUGAAACUGAUAAAGCAACUAUGGGCUUUGAAACACCAGAAGAAGGCUACUUGGCAAAGAUUAUAGUACCUGCAGGAACAAAAAAUAUUCCUAUUGGGAAAUUAGUUUGUAUAAUUGUUUCAGAUGAAGGUAGUAUAGCUGCCUUCAAAGAUUUUAAAGAUGAUUCUCCUGGUGCUCCUACUCCAGCUGCACCUGCACCAACAGCACCUACACCAUCCACUCCACCACCAUCUCCUGUAACACCGCCAGCACCUGCAGCACCCUCUGUUCCAAAACCACUGCCUACUCCAGUAGGAGAUAGAAUAUAUGCUAGCCCAUUGGCUAAAAGGCUCGCAGCUGAGAAAGGUCUUAGUUUGGAGGGCUUGAAAGGUUCAGGAUUAUUUGGAUCUAUAACAUCUAAAGAUUUAGCAGGUGCACAAGCUGUAGGUGCUCAGCCUGCAGUAGCAGCAGUUGCAGGUGCACCAGCAGGAGUAGAUGUUCCUUUAUCUAAUAUCCGCGCAGUAAUUGCGAAACGUUUACUAGAAAGUAAACAAACGAUUCCACAUUAUUAUUUGUCUGUAGAUAUAAAAAUGGACGAAGCUCUCGAAAUUCGAGAACGAUUUAAUAAGAUGUUGGAGAAAGAAAAAAUAAAACUUAGCGUAAAUGAUAUCAUUAUUAAAGCAAUGGCAAUGGCUUGUAAAAAAGUACCUGAGGGUAACAGUGCAUGGUUGGGAGAAGUUAUUAGACAAUAUAAUAAUGUUGAUGUAAGUGUAGCAGUAAGUACAGACAGUGGCCUAAUAACUCCAAUAGUUUUUGGUGCAGAUACAAAGGGUAUAAUCCAAAUUAGUAAAGAUGUGAAAGCAUUAGCUACCAAAGCAAGAGAAGGAAAAUUACAGCCACAAGAGUUUCAAGGAGGAACUAUCACUUUAUCAAAUCUGGGAAUGUUUGGUGUUAAAAACUUUUCUGCAAUUAUAAAUCCCCCACAAUCAAUCAUUCUUGCUAUAGGUACUACUGAAAACAGGUUAAUACCUGCCAAAAAUGAAAAAGGAUUCACAACAUCCCAAUUUAUGUCUGUUACUGCCAGUUGUGAUCAUCGUACUGUGGACGGUGCUGUAGGUGCACAAUGGUUAAAUGCCUUUAAGAAUUUCAUGGAAAAUCCAACAACUAUGUUGUUGUAGUAAAUGUAACUGUUAAAAUGUUUAAUGAGGUAGUUUGUGGUACAAAUUAUAUGAAAAAGAAACAUUAUUUUAUUCAAGUAUAAAGGGCGACAAGUAUCCUGUAUAUUUGUGUAUAGUACAACGUUAAAUUGUGUUAUUUUACGCAUUUGUAAAUCAUCAAUUUUUGAUAGAUUUAAAUUUUCA